GCUGAGUAGAUUGACUUGUUAUAAGUCUAUAACCAACACCAUGUCUAACUUUCCUCCUCCAGCCUAUUUUUCAGAGGCUCAAGGCUCUGCCCAAGGUUCUUCCUCAUCGGGCUACCAAAGACCCGCAGCUCCGCCUCCAGGUCACCGGGAGUCCUCUUUGCCAAUUUCUGCAGAGCAGGAAAAAGGGGCUUUGAAUGAAAAGUACCAGCAGCAGUCGUCCCAACAGAGUGCUCAGCCGCCACUUCAACAGAAUUUGCUGCCACAACAUCAACAAAAUGCUAAGCAACCGUUCCAACGGAAUGCCCAGCAACCACACCAUGUCCAGCCCCAGUAUUCGGACCACGAUUACGAAAACCUUCUCCCUUCCAUCAUCCAGUCGCUUAAUCGCUUACAGAACCCGGAGUUGUGGAAGGACUACGUCAAAUUCACGCGCAAAAUGUCCUCCUUCCGUAAGAUGCUCGGCUCCAAGGCCACGUACACGGACCAGGAUUUUGCCCAGAUCUCGACGAUGCUCAUUCCCUCACGCAAGUCCCACAGUUUUUACACCUCGCGUGAACAAGUUCUCCAGGUUCUCCGCGAGAACAACGCUGUCGGAAAGCUCCAGGAGAUUAAGCAGACCUUGCAAAUCCCGUCUUCCUUCCCAAUGGAAGAGGUGGCAGAGCUCUUGUUCUUUGACGUAGUGUUGUACGUGGACAAUUCUGGCUCUAUGGCGGACAUUAAGCGCCAGACAGAGUUCAAGACUUUAAUGUUGGAUCUCAUGAAGACGGUCAGCAUCAAAGAUGACGGGUUCUCGUUGCGCUUUAUGAAUAAAAAUGACCAGAUUCAGCAGGGGGUUUACCAAGACUUAGGCCUUUCAUUCGACAAUAUCCGCUCCGAGCAGACCCUCAAGGAUAUCUUGAAUAGCCCUCACGUGGGGUACUUUGGGGUCACCCCGCUUGCCAGCCAGCUCCACCAGAACGUGAUCAAGCCUAUGGUUUUAUCGAAGAUUCCAGCCAGGGGGCUCGCUAAGCCUGUGAUGGUGGUUGUUCUCACUGAUGGGAUGCCCUAUGGGGAGCUGCCACCAUUCAGCGACAGAGACGGUAUUGCCCAGAUGGUCAAGCAGACGAGACGGGAAUUGCUCAAGUAUGGCUAUCCCGCGGGCGCGGUGUUGUAUCAGUUUGCCCAGGUGGGUGACGACAAGCCAGCAGCGGAUUACUUGAACGGGUUGGACGAUGAUAGAGACAUAGGGGACUUGAUUGACGUGACAAAUGUGUAUGCGAAGGAGAAGUUGCAGAUGAACAAUGAUGUGGCGGACCGCAUGUUUUACUUGAAGAAGUUGGUCUUGGGACCUAUCGACGAACAGUUUGACAAGGCAGAUGAGAGGUAGUGGGAAAGGUGUAUGUUUAAUGUGCAAGUGGAGAACUUUUUUAUUUGAUAAGACAGCAUAAAAAUAGUAAAUAUAUCAAUAUAUAUAUAAAUGUUCGUUGCUUUGGCGGGA